AUGACAGAAAUCAGCUUGAAUUGUUUACCUGUUGGAAUGACAUCAGUGGGGAAGAAUGUCUAUCCAGUCGUCAACACGUUGGAUGAGUCCGAUGAUAAAGGAAAUGACGUCACAACUGAGAAUUUUGAAGGUGAAUAUUAAUAAGACGUGACUUUCUGCAUCGGAAGUGAUCGCAUUAUUUUUACGUUUUGAACAAGAGUCUAGGAAGGCUUGUACAUAUAUUACGAGAUAGUGUGGACCUCCGCCGACCAAAAAAACUCACGCGUGUCCUCGCGUGCCUCCUCUCUCACGGUCGUGCACCCGCUCUUGGCAAAAGUCUUCGAUUUUCCGUUUAAACCAUUUCCCUUUUUUCACAAAUUCUAAAGCAUGUAAAGUUCUGGGUUUGGUAAAAAUAAGAUUGUCUUCGUAUUCAUUGCCAAUUUUUUAUUUAUUUAUUUUUUUACAUCUCCUUGAACCCUAUAAACAUGACAUGAAGAAAGUGUCAAACCUCUUAACCAGACAAGUGAUUUGCAAUACUGCUUCAUAGCUGCAAUACAAUGAACUAGCCUCUCGAAACCAAGCAUGUAUCGCAAUUAAAAGCUGAACUCUGACAAAUGCUGCAUAAUCGGAUAAACCAGCGGCCCCUCAAAAAACAUCAAACACAAUUUGGCACGCUAAUAUAAAGCUGAGCUGCAAAGUGCACCUUUUGCUGAAAAUAAGUAAGAAGUAGGUAUUUUACCUUCGAUAUGGCGCUGAUGUGAAAUUAUACUUUUUCACAGUUUAUCAAAAACCGUCUUUUGAUCAAUUUUAUCUCAUAUUUUUUUAUCAGGAGUUGAUCCAUGUGUACUGACGGGCUACCGUGAAAUGGAUGGAAGCACAAAUGAGCAAGGAGAGGUGGAAGACUUGGAGGCCUCUGCUCAGGAUUUCAACCUUGCACAUGAGGAAUUGGGAUUUCAGGACGAAUUGGGCUUUCUGUAUCUUCCAAUCAAUCUACGCGCAAUUUUUGAUGGGUGAGAAAGACUUCGUGUUUAUCGUCCAAAUUCACUAGUUACUUUGUGUUAGUGGUAAUGAUUUGUAACUUCGAACCUUUCUGCCAUUUGGAAUGUCACGUGAUCGAUGUAAAUUCCAAGGAGAUGUGUAGUAGGAAAUGUAGUCAUAGAAAGCUCUAGUUUACUCAAGAAUCAACGCAAAGACAUUCUUCUCUGAGGCCUUGUUUGUAAAGCUUGGACAAUUUUUACGACCGUGAUCUAUGCCAGCUAUGAAUUCAAUCGAAGCGGUCGCCGUUAAAGCGGCUUAUAAUGGGUGAGUAGCUCUCUCUUAUGCGGCUUAUUUUCAUAUUUAGCGGACGCUAAAUUCAUACAUUUCACUUCAAUAUUUGUCGAACUUAAUUUAUUAUUUCUACUACGAUUAGGACAAUAAUGGUUUUGUCCAUGGAAAAUCGAAUAACUCUGGAGAAAUUCUGCGAUGAAAUGCGAGAUAUAUUCAGGUUUGGCGAAGAAGACGAAUUCACUAUGAAAUGGCUAGACGAAGAAGGUUAGUGGAUGUGUGUUCCUUCGAAACGGUGCGAUCUAAAUAGGAUUCUGUAUUGAUACGCUACCGAUCACAUCACUUUAAAUUUGCCCUAAAAGGCUUGUAGUGAUGUUGUAACAACAUUUAUAUUGAAUCGUGCUGAGUUCUAAGAAGCUCAAUAAUUUGGUAAAAUUCGCUCGUAGGUUUCGUCUGUAGUGGUUUCUAAAUAAACAUUUUUAUCGAUCCCACGAUGUCGAAGCUGACCAUAUUGCCUAGAGUAAUAUAUUUACAACUUAAUCAUUUUUUUAGGGCUUAAUGCGAAUGACUGAAAAAACGAAAUCUCUCGUUGGAAUUUCAGGUUUUAAUUUUCUCGAAAUAAAAAAAAAAACAUUCUUAUGUCUAGUAACAUCAGCUUUGUAAAUUUCAAAUUGAUUGAUGACGCGCUUGUAAGUGAGUUAUCUUCCAAAAAAGUCUCCCUCGACCACAGAGGUUUUAGCGGAAUUAAAUUUAAUUUGCGCUUUGAGAAACCCUUUGUCAUUAGGAAUCACUUAAAUCUUGCCCUUCAGCUUUGGUCUUGGUAGUCAAAAUUCCCAGACACGUACAUGUGUUGCGAAGGGAAAAAGUUGGGAGAUUAGAUAGGAAAAAUUUGCAUAUCGAGAUCAUCAUUGUUUGGUCGGCUUGGUGAAUUUGUCUGUUCAGUAACUUAACAUGUUGACUUAUUGCUGAUAUCUCCUCAACGUGAAUGUAAUUGGUAACUAGUCAGUGUUCCCUCUCUAUUGAUCAACCUCUUGGUAAAUAGUACAAUUGAUAAAGUGCUGUUCAGUGAAGUGUUUGAGUCUUAGAGUGUGAUUGUUAAAUAAAUACCAAAGAAAUCACCUUUGUCACAUAUGAAUCCAUAACAUGGUCUACAGUAGCUCCUAACCAGUGAGGUCUCUGUUAGUGGCAGAGGAUUAGACUGUAAAAUGAUUGCAUUUGAAGUGCAAAUCCUAGUGAAAAAUACAGGUGUUUCUUGUCCUGCUCUUACGACAAUUUAAUUAAUAUAUUCUAUCAAAUUAUGUUAAAGAUUAUUUAUAACCAUGUGUGUCUUUUCUCAUUAGGCGACCCAUGUACUAUUUCAACUCAAGUAGAACUUGAUGAGGCAAUAAGAUUAUAUGAACUUAACAGGGAUUCUGAGCUUGUUGUUCAUUGUAAGUACUCACAGACUAUAGAUUAUGUGUGAUAGUCUUUUCUGUGUAAUUAACAGGGCAUUAUUGUGUUGAAGAAAUAUAAGUUAUAUACACAGCUCUUAAGUCUCACAUAUUAAGCAUGAGACUUAAGCAAACAAAUUCAAUCUAUGAUAUCAUGCUGGAACUCUUAUUUAUCACUUAUUUAAGGUUUUUGAUUUGAACUGUUGAUUUUGAGGUACAUUUAUAGCAAAGUGCUGCUUUAGUUAAGUUCCCACUGAUUAAGUCUUAUUCUAAAUACAAUUUACUCCUUGAUAUCUUAGUGCUCAUUUUGAACACUCUCCAACAUUGGGAGUUCUUGCAUGUUAUCAUUUUUUCACAAUUUUCCAUGAGAGCAUGUCAGCAUGUGCUAUACCUCCUUGAGGAUGUCCAUGGCUUCACAAUCCAAGGCUUUGGGGGCAAAAAUAUAUUUCUCAUUUUUUUGCCAGUAAACUUCUACUUAAUGGGAAUAAUUUUAUUCCUCUUUACUCUUCAGUGUUUAAAGGUAUUCCAGACGAACCAGGUCGACUAUGUGAUGGUGAAACAAGUGAGUGAUAAAAACCUCUUUCUAACAAAGUUUUGGUCUGUACUGUAAGUGCUGUAAUGGACAAGUUUUUUUUUGCAUUUGAUCUAUGGCUUAACUCUUUAACUCCAAAGAUCUGGUUGAUUAGUCUCUCCCUACUGGCUAGUAUACAUUCCUUGUUAAUUAGUUACCAGAAUUUGGUAUUGGAUCAAGAUAACAACUUCUACCUGAAAAGUUUGAGUAUUUUCAUUACCUGUUUGCUAGGUAAUAUAUGGAUAUUUUAUGAAAAAGUUACAUUUCGAUCACACCUGGGAGUUAAAGGGUUAAGAUUAUGAAGCAUGCAAGCUAUGAAUCAAGAUGUACAUUGUAAGGAGUACUUAUAAAGGUGUAAAUAAUGAUACAGAAAGAGAAGACAAGGUUACCUGGUAGUAAAAUAUGUUUUAUAGCUCUUCCAUGAGUCUGACAGGUUUGGAAAAUGAUUUUUAGUCACUCAAAAUGGUGUCAAAUGACUGACACUAAAAGCAAAACCUGUCAAUUUUUUAAUCUCUGUUCAUUUGUUAACUUGUUAUAACAGAUAAUUGAAAAACAAAGAUUGAAUUUUUGUGCCUCUGAAAAUUUGGAAUAUGUCUAACAGCUUUAAACUUAUGUCAGUCAUUCCUGAAUUGACCAAUCAUAGCUCAGGUUACUGGAAUAUCAGUAACAAGGACUGACAGCAUUCUUUUUCAAGAUUACCAUUUUUACCGUUGAUCAAAGCAGACAUACACCUGACAAGGUUCAAACCAUUCCCUGCCAAUACCAGCUGUAAUGUAAAUACAAAUGAAUAGCAAAGAUAAUUAUGAGCAAAACUUUAAGCAAAGUUGUAGUAUCCAUGUAUUCCCUCUGGGUCAAUAAUGCCAUAUCCUUAGUCCUCAGUACCUAGGGUGGUGUGUGAAGUUUGAUUCCUGAACUGGUCAUUAAGAUGUGCUUUUGGGAAAAACAUUUCUCUCAAAUGUUUUUAAAAGGAAUACAUGUGAGCAAUAUUCUCUGUAUUAUUCUUCUGAACUUGAAAUACAUACAUGUGUAUGUACAUGUAAGCUCCAAAAUUAUGGGCUGUUCGGCUUGCAAUCAGACAUUUGAUUACCAUGACAGUGCAUUCCUUUCAUUUUAUAUUUUACCUUAUAACUUCUUCCAAAUUGUUUCUGUUAAGUAAUUAUUUAAACCAGUGAGUGUACUUUCUCUAUUUUACUUUUCUUGUGGAUUCCCAGAAAUCGCUUUAUACAAAUCUUUUAUAAUCUCUCUGUAAGCUACUGUCAUGUUAAUGUUCAAUAAGUGGAUAACAAACUGUAAGAACCAAUGCACUUACAUAUACACAUUAAAGCCUUGUAUUUUGCUUGGCAGUGAUGUUUAAAGUAUGUCACAUUCAAAAAAGUAUUUGUGCUACUAACAUUAUUUGAUAACUCUAUGAUAAUUUGCAAUUCUAAUUAGAAUUUUUCCUUGCCACUUCAAAAAUAUUAACUUUGGAUGUACUGAAAUUUUAGGUUAAAAAUAGUGUUAUUAUAAAAUUGAAAGUAGUCUGUGACAGGGUAAUUUGAUUCAAAUUGUUCAAGAGAAGAUAUUUCAAUCAGAAUAUUACCAAAAUUGUUGCGUAUUUCUGUUAAGAAAACAAGUCUUGUGCUAGCUUUUAAAGGUUUUAGUGUUGUUACUGUCUUUCGAUAAUAACAAGGCUAUCACUGUGUAAUCACUAAAUCUCACAAAAGUACAAAAAAUUAUUGCAAAUCUUUAAGGACAAUUUAAUUCUUUGCAGUCAUUUUUUUCCUGGCUUAAUUUUCACUUGUACUGUUAUUAGUGUUUUGACAAGAAAGCCAGACUAGAUAUUGAAUUUUGUAACCUUUUGUUACUUAAAACAAAAGAUAAUUAUAAUUUACUAUCAGUAAAUCAUGUUCCUUUUUGUGAUUGGUCAGUGGCUGAUUGUGGUACACAUAUCAGCAGGUUCCACCUUGUGUUUGGUACAUAACUUAUACAUUUUAAUAUUUAAUUAUGAAUAGCAAUUGCCAAGAAGAGACAUUUUACUGGUCCUUUGGCAAAAAAAUUCUAUCAACAACCAGUAAUGAUUGUUUGCUUUCAAAUUAACGUGGUUUUGAUAAUUUAAUUUCUAGGCAUAACCUGUCAACUUCUACCAUUAACAAUCAGAAGUUUAGUUCCAUGCCAUAAAUAUACCACUCAGUGCAAGGCAUUUUGAGAAAUUGUUGGUUUUUGAUUUUGAGUUUUUCGUGGAUUUGCUACUAUUGGAUGGUAUUCUUAAAAUUGUGGUUCGAACAAGAUUUUUCUUGAGAAAUGCUAAGUGUUUGGUACCUGUGGAGAAGCAUAUUAACUGUAAAUGGUCAAUCAUCUCAAGGAUUCGACACCGACACUUUUGAAUAAGUUGCAGCAAUCAGCUUAUUUAUUACAGGUUUUAAACCAGUUGUUGCUUUGUUUGAUUUUGAAUGUGGACAAAAGGAUUGGAAGGAUUGCAUUUUAUAACUUAAAAGAACUGAUAAAUGGAAUCAGAUGUUUUAUCAAUAUCUGGCUUGUUUGGAGCAUGUGUAGAAGAAGAAUAUGAAGCCCAAAAAGCAAAUCAGAAAUUUGGCUUCAUCCGACAAGCUUCUGCUCGCUUCUUCCGUUCCAUUAAACGUGCGCACAGGAACAUUUCUGGAAGUCUAAGUUCUGUGUUGACAAGGCAAAAUAAUGAAACAGAGGAAUCACAUGGAUCAGAACAACAAACUUCCAGCAGUGGUAGAAAAGCCAGACGUCCUCAUUCUGUUGCAUUUGGCGAAGAAUUCAAAGGAUUAACUGUCUCAUCUAGGAUAGGUAAACACUUUCCUGAUUGAAACCAUUUUGCUAAAUUCAUUUGUGAAUGCGCAUCUGUUCACUGCACACAACAAAUUUAGUGUGGCAUCACAUCAGCUGCCACAGGUUUUUUCAGCAACAUCUCUUGGAAAUAUUCCUACUACAUGAAGUAUGUUUUGCUACUUGAAGUUAUUAGAACAUAAUAUCAGUUAAUUUUCUUCCCUACAGGAAAAGGAUUAAAAAAUGAUUAUAAAUUGAAAAUGAAAAAUGAAAAACAUGAUCAUUUUGCAUUAUAAAGCAUGCUUUCUUCAGAUUCAGUCCUAAGAACUUACUUUGUUCUACAGGUUCAUAUAAAUUCUUGCAUGUACUGAUGUAGCAUUUUAGCCCUGUAGCAAGGGGAUUUUGUUAUUGUCAUGCUGAUAAUAUUGCAUAAUAUAUAAAUAUUUAAUUGACAAUAUGUUGUUUUUCAGUCAAUCAGAUGCGACUAUCUUUUUGGAAGAAAAUUAUUUUCUUAGUUUGAGUGGGCUGGAAUAACUUAAUUAAUAUAGAGAUGGAAUGAAAAUGAAGCAUGUUAUUUCUUUUUAUGUUAUGUAAAUUCUGCUGCAAAUUGAUCCUAACUUUUUCUUUAAAAAAGAAAUAAGUGAAAAUUCAGUGUUCAAAUCAUGAAUUAUGGGAAACUACCUAUGCUAGAGAGCCAUGAAAUUUAAUUGUAAAUAAGAUAGGAAAUGCCAUCGUUGCAUGAUCAUUGUAGCAUUAUUGUGGAACUAACUUCUUGACUGCAGAUGAUAGAAAAAUUAUCCUUCAUUUUAUAGUGAUCAAGCAAUAAAUUUAAAAAAUCAAUUUCCAUGGUGACUUAAUAAUAAGAAAUGUAUUUGAAAGUGAUCUUUGUAGUAAUUAUUUUCAUAUAUUUACACUCAUUAAUAAGAGUUGACAUGAUUAGUAACAGCAAGGCUGAGAGAAAAUGGUUUGAAUCUGAGGUGAACAGCUUAUUUGAUUGAGUAUCUUGUUGUAAGCCACAGGUCAACAAGACAAAGCUUUUGAGAAGCAAGGGGGUGUCAUUAUUAGAGUCAAAAGUGAAGAGCUGUUGUUGUAUAAUUAAUUUAAAAUGUAGAGUUUAAAGUUUGUUUAUAAAGAUAGAUUGGUCAGUUAAUUGUUUUUGUUAUUAACUGUAAGAUUCAACGGUUAGCUGAUUAAAAUAUUUUUGUGUUUUUAUUGCUCAGGGAAUAUCUACAGACGAGGAGCAAAGAGAUGGAGAAAGAUCCACAGAGUUAAUGGUCAUUCAUUUGUGGCAAAGAGAUUUAGUCGGGUGAGUUUACUUUGCUUUGGUCAAAACUUAAUGUUAAUCCAUUAACUCCCCAGAAAUGAUUUUUAAUUUUCCCUUCUAACUGCUACAUAUUUCCGUGUAAAUUAAUUAUUAAGAAUUUGGUGAUAGAUCAAGAUGACAACUUUUACUUGAUAGGUUUGAGUAUUCUCGUUAUCAGUUUGCUGUGUGAUGUAUGUAUGUUAGUAGGAGAAACUGCAUGUUCAUCACUUUUGGGAGUUAAAGGGUUAGAUUUUGCUUUGUGUAACCUCUUGGUGUAUGGAAUGUAUGACCACCACAUUUGUUAGAAUGGAUGCUGCCUUGAGACUCUAAAUUGAUUAUAUUUAUCUUUGUUUCAGCUUGCAGCUUGUUCGUUUUGUUCAGAUAGAAUUUGGGGACUUGGUAGACAGGUAUUCAAUAAGUGCUGUGUUCAAUAAAGUAAUAUUUAAUAGAGCAAGCAAAGAAAUUCAGUAUUGUGCUUUACUUUUGAAGUUUGUGUACACCCUAGCAUUAAUUCAUGAUUGUGAAUUUUCCUUGUUUUAUUCUUGUGCCACAUUUGACCUAACCUCAUUCAAUUCUCUUGUAGGGUUACAAAUGUCUUGAAUGCAAGCUAGUUGUUCAUAAAAAAUGCCACAAGUUGAUAAAGAUCCAAUGUGGACAACAACCAGUGAGUUACUUGGGGAUGACUUAACUUUUUGUAUUAAGUGUUGUUUUAAACUUGGCGUAGUUUGUUUAUUUGCCUUUCACUAAUUGUUUUUUAUUCCUUUUAGCAUCCAUCAAGUCAAACAAUUCACUCAUCACUCCCUCCCAUUGGAGCAGUGGGCACAAAACUUCCCCCAGCAGAGGAAGCACCAGGACCCAAAAGAAGUAAGCAAUAUAUUUUUUGAAACUUUAAACUUUUCUUCCUGGUAGUUUCUAUUUUCAGUUUGUCACUUCUUGAAUUGCAAUUUUUAUGCUGAAUGCUUUCAUCGGAAGGCAUUUAAACAUACCCUUUUGUAUGGGAAAUUCAUAAAAGAUGAUUAAUAGAGUAGAAGAAAAAAAUAACUCCCAUUUUACCUUUCACUAUUUUUGAAAUAGCCUAUCCUCACUCCAACCCAUCCUACGUCUGAAAGUCCUGGAAACUUACAAGACCCUUUUGGGGCUUAUUGGUGCAAUUAUAUAUUUAUUAACCACCUAAUGAUGAUGAUGCAGAAUUUUGGUAUUGUUCCUCUAUAACUGAUAUGUGUGUCCUAUUUUAACUAUUUUCCAGUCUAGAAAAUUUAAAUCCUCUAAGGCAGGAUUAUUGUUUGACAGGUGCUGAAAAUUAAUUUGUUUCAUUCUCAAUAUUUCUUUCAUGUAUGCAGCGAGAAGUGACAGUCCAGCAACUCGUAAGCGAGGCCUUGUUAGUGUUGAUUAUUCACAUGGCUCCAAGGCUAAGGAGGCAUCAUCUGGAAACAAUUUCUUGAUUUCACUGAAUGACUUUACUCUUCUCAGAGUGAUAGGAAGGGGCAGCUAUGCUAAAGUUUUGUUGGUGAGUAUCAUCCUCUAAACCUUCUCGAUAUAUUUACAAUAUACUGGGUGGAAAUUUUUUUUGAACAUUCGCAAGUGGUUGCAUUGGAUGUAAAUUUUUGAGUGAUGAGAAACAGCUUUUUUGAUGACAAAAUUUUGUUCAAAGAUGACAACUUGUUUAUACUUUCUCAAGUAAGAAGUUGUAGACAUGCAUAAUACAUGCAUAUAUGUGUGGUCAGCUUGAGUGGUGAUUGAAACAAACAACUCUACAGUUGUUUAGUAUUGUUGUGCUAUUAGUCUUUGCCUCAGAACAAUUACCCGUCAGCAUUGAAAAACAGUAAGCUAGUUCAAACAUACUAAUGAAGCAGACAUGAAUAUGCUUAUAUGUAAAUAUGCAAAAUUUAUACAGGGAUUUUGUGAAGUUUAUACACACCUACGCCUGAAUCUAUGUGCAUUUUAAGUGUAUUUUGUUGUUAACAUACACAUAAGAGGAACAUCCUUAAUGGAAACAAUAACUGCUGUCCUUCAGUGCUUUGGGUAACCAGGGGUUUCCACUUUGUUCAGCCAGCCAGCCAACCAACCACCUCCCCUUGCAAUUACACUAUUGUCAAUACUCAAGUAUGCCUCCUAUCUUUAGCACCUGGCAAUGUACUCACCACCAAAGAAAAAAUUUUAAUUUCUAUGAAAUUACUUUAAAAAUAAUAGUAUUUUAAAAGCUCGCUGACAAAUGUUUACUACUUUCUUCUCUACCAGGUCGAGUUGAAGAAAAAUAAGAGAAUAUAUGCAAUGAAAGUUGUAAAGAAAGAGCUUGUUAAUGAUGAUGAGGUUGGUGUUUAUCCAAAAAGUGCAUGUUUGUAGUUUUCUCUUGUUUUAUGGCUUAGGUAGUGUAGAUGAUGACGCAAAACUCUAGAUGCACUCAGUUGUGAUAACAGUUAUGCAUGGAUUGUGUUUUGGUUUCUUUCCAAAGGAUAUUGACUGGGUUCAAACAGAGAAACAUGUUUUUGAACAAGCGUCAAAUCAUCCAUUCCUGGUUGGACUUCAUUCGUGUUUCCAAACUGCUAGCAGGUACAUGUAAAGAGAUAAUUAGUUGAAUUUAUGUAGAAGUACAGAGGAUUACUAAAAAAAUGGAUACUUUUUUUGAAAAAAAAUUUAAAUUAACUGUUUAUUUUCUUUUAGGUUGUUUUUUGUAAUUGAGUUUGUGAGUGGUGGUGACCUUAUGUACCACAUGCAAAGACAGAGGAGAUUACCUGAAGACCAUGCAAGGUAAACACUCACUCAGUCAUUCUGCAAACCAGGCUCUGCCAGUCAUGUAGACAGUUUUUUCAAAUAAAGAGUGAAUCUUACAGUCAUUAAGUCUGUGUAUCCGUCAGUUUGUCUGCUAUUGAGUCCCAGAUCUGGAAAGGCUGUCAUAGUCAGACAGUUAGUUAAACAAUCAGUUAAGUGACGCAUUAAGACAGUCAAAGAGACAUGUGGAUAGACAAAAAAAUAAAUAUUAGACUGAACUUAAAUACCUAUUUUGGUUGACCCACACUUGGGUCACACUUAUGCUUUGAUUACUAAAGAAAGUGAGGUGUAAGAGGAAAUAUAAGUUAUAUUAAUUCAUAAUUUAUCCUUAGGUUUUAUUCUGCUGAAAUUUCAUGUGCACUCAAUUUCUUACACGAAAGAGGUAUGACCCAUUUAUGUUACAAAAAUUUGAUGAUUUCACUCACAACAAAGGCAGUGAAAUUCUUUUUGUUUCUGUUCCUUAUUAACAGAUGUGUGUUUCUGUUGUUAGGUGUGAUUUACCGGGAUCUCAAACUAGACAAUGUUUUACUUGAUUCUGACGGCCAUGUGAAACUAACAGAUUAUGGAAUGUGCAAAGUAAGUUCUCCCCCUUUUAAAAGAGCCUUCAAAUCUGCCGUCUUUUCUUCUUGAAGGAUGAAAUAAGUGUUUUGUAAUCUUCGUUUCUUAGGAAGGUCUUCGUCCUGGUGAUACAACAAGCACAUUCUGCGGAACACCAAACUACAUUGCGCCUGAAAUUCUUCGAGGGGAAGAUUAUGGUAUGUGGUUAGGUUCAUAAGGUCUCCCGAACACGGUGGUCCAUUACGAUUUAUUGCCUGUGUUACAGCGGUAUUGGACGCCACCCAGGGAUGUAACGUAGACCUGCCUCGUAACCUUUAGGCUGGCAUGACUUCUACUAUUGAAUUGAGUAAACUCGUAGUAGAGUGAGUGACAGUGGUUAUUUUCUUUCAACUUUUUUCAGGGUUCAGUGUCGACUGGUGGGCUCUAGGAGUACUCAUGUUUGAAAUGUUAGCUGGAAGAUCACCUUUUGAUGUUGUAGGAAGUGCAGAGAAUCCUGAUCAAAACACAGAAGAUUACCUCUUUCAAGGUUUGCCUGUAAACAAUUUAUUUUUAAUAAUCGAGACCUGUGCCCUUAGCACUUGAACUUCCCAUUACAAAUUUUCUUUCAGUUUCGUGCAUUAUAUGUUAUUGAGCACCUUUUUGUCCAAGAAUACAUGUUUGUCCAACUGAGAGAAUUGUAACAUUGAUCAUUUAACUAAAUUGUUACACCAAACACAAACGACCCAUUUUUGCGGACUUACCAAUCACAAUUGAAGAACGCCUCUUGAGUCUUGCAUGCAGUUAAUAACACCACAAUGUCCAGUUCUAACGAAGCAGAUUUGCUUGUAAUAUUGGCCUGAAAUGCGGAGUCAUUUAGGUUCAUGAAACGUUAGUUAAUAUUACAGACAACAGAGGACGAUCACGCUUUACGAACAACCAUUACUCACAGCUCAAUCCAUUUUCUGCAUAGAUUUUGUCUCAUCUGGUCAACUCAGCUUGCAGUUUUAAUAUUAGACUCUCCAACACCUACACCCAAUACGCCUUCAUGGCAGGCGUAUUUUCAAGCGAGAGAGUGCUUAAUAGUCUGAUCAAGUGCCAAAGCCGCCAUAUUGGAUUGGUAAGAUCGAGGAAAGCCAUCCUCUCAACCAAUCAGAUACGAAUCGACAAACGCGUCUUGGUCACUCGUGGUUUCCCGCGCUUGUUCUUACUUCGAGUUAUCAUUGGCUCUGUUAUUCCCUUUCUGAUUGGCCGAUAUGAUGAUUUUUUUUUUGUUGCAAUACUUAAAUGUGAAGCGCUCAAAUUUCUGCCAGAAGCUAAUGUUGGUUUUUACGUUCCUCUUUCCAGUAAUUCUAGAAAAACCUAUAAGAAUUCCUCGAUCCCUUUCUGUAAAAGCGGCUUCAAUACUCAAAGGAUUUCUCAACAAGGUGAGGUUAUUUUAAAAAACGUUAGAAAUUUGAAGGGGAAGGAAAAAACUAGAGAAUCUUGCAAUGACUUUGCUUGCCAACUUUUCUGAAAAGUAUUUCCUCAUCACAAUCACCCAGUGUGGCGACGAUUUCAAAAGGUUGUUGAAGCCUUCAACAACCUUUUGAAAUCGUCGGGCGUACGAAGAGUAGGAAGUUUGUGAAAGGAGAGAGAUUUCUGAUUAACGAAACUGUGAAACAGCGUGUAAUGAAGAAGUAGUAUGAUUAGGUGUUAUGAUUUGUGGUCAGGCGUAAGGAAUUGUAUUUCCUGUAGGCGAGGUAUAACUCAAACGGGCAGAUUUGCUUUUUAUAUUAAUCGUUGCACGCCGUAGCAGUUAAGGGGUUGAUGAGAUUGUCUUUCGUCUUGUUUGUUAGAAUCCCAUCGAACGUCUAGGCUGCCAUCCUCAGACAGGAUUUGCAGAUAUAACAUCACAUGUGUUCUUCCGGACAGUCGAUUGGGAACAGGUUUGAACACCCUUCAUAAUUCAUAAUUUCCUGUUACCUCUUUCGCAUUUCGUAUAUUUUUAGGAGGCUGUCCCAUGAAGAUUAAGGCCCAAACUAAAGACUUAGACGUUGAGCUCCAGUGGACAGAAAUUCUGUGGUUCGAGAUUAAAAAACAGAACACUUCAAGUUCACUUUUUCAAGAACUAAAAGCUCAUAAUUGCGAGAUUUAGCGCUCCCGAGACUGCUACUUUGAUCCAGAUUCAGUAAGCAAUCUGGGGCAAAUUUGCAGAAGAAAGUUAUCGCCAGUUAUCGGUCCCAAGAAGUUUCUUUGUUUGCCUUGUUUACAUUCAAGAUCAAGAUUUUAGAAGUUCUGAAAUUAAACCUGUCCAAUGAAAUUUAGGAAAAGGUAUGGACUAGAAUUUUGGCCUAGAUCCACACGACUAUUCAUGAGAUGAGAUCUUAAAAUAUGGCUUCAGGACCGUAGAGUUACCGCAACUUGCAUGAAACGGGCCCGUAGAUUGUUCAAAUUUUUAGAUUGCUUCACGGAUGGCGAAAGCAAACUUACCAAUAUUUUUAAUAUUUGCACUUAUUAUUGUUAUUAUUUUUGUUUUAUUCAAACAGUUGGAAGCACGACAAGUGGCUCCCCCGUUCAAGCCGAUGAUAGAAGAUCAGUAUGGACUGGAAAACUUUGAUCCUCAGUUCACUAAUGAACCUGUUCAACUCACACCAGAUGACCCGUAAGUUGAACAAAUUAACUUAACUUUGUAAACAGUAAUGAUUUCUACAUACGGAAACACUGACAUAAACGGUAUGGCAAUUAUGAAUUAAAAGUGUGGUAGGUCACUGUAUGUACAAGUGUCGGCAGGUGAUUUAUCUAACCAAGUUGCGCUAUUAAGCAACUCAUGCAUGAGGGGAAAGACAUUUAUGAAAUAUUUAGGCAAUCCAAGAUGGCGCUAAACCUAGGAAAGGGGUGUUCAUCUGUUUAAACAUUUGAAAUCACUUUUUUUGGGAGAAUGUGCCGUGAAACUCUUAAGAUUAAAUGGGAAGGAAAUUUAUAUUCAGAAUAAUCCCUUUAAAAGUUUUUUCUUUUUCCUCUUUUCUGACGACAAAGAUAACCAAGCGGGUAUAUAUUUUAUGUGAUAGCUAUCGAAGAUUUGAGUAAGGUAAAUUGGAGUACUGAAAACACUGGUUCAUAUUAUACUUUUUCAUCGCAGGAAAAUGCUCGAGACCAUCGAUCAGUCGGAGUUUGAGGGCUUUGAAUACAUUAAUCCUCUUCUAAUGUCCUCAGAGGAAUGUGUAUAAUGGCUGCCUUCCAAGACUGAAUAGCUUCAUGUAUAGAAAUCAGUAGAGUCAUUCUUGAAAUUAUAUCUUUAAUACCACUUAUACACAUUUACACUAACAGUUCACGUUCUGCGCAAGAAGGGGGGCGUGAUCUUUUGUCGAAGGUAUCGCAAACGUUUGGUAUCGGAAUCAUUCAGAAUAACUGUAGCUCUGUGAUUGGUUACAAAGUGCCCGAAGGGCUCUUCUCAACCAAUCAAAUAAGACUUCAAAAUCAAUCGCUUAUUGAUAAUUUGCGCUUGAUACCUGGCCAAUUAAUUGAUUUCUUUUUGACUUUUGUAUAAAUUUGCUUGAUUUGGUUUCGUGACUCAAAAACGAACAACUGUGUGUAGCAGUUUUGUAUACGGUAGAUAACACAUAUUGACAUGUGGUAUUAGAUGAAAGAAAGCUUGCGAAAUACUUCAUACUCAUUUUCUUUCAUACUUUUGAGGAAUUUCUAAUGUGUUACCUGUUCUCAGGUGACAAAUGUAUACAGUACGAAUAUACCUGGCAGAGGGUGCGGUAAAGAUACUACAUUUACCAUACAAUGCGAUCAGAUCCUAAAAAAUGUAAUUUUCUUAGAGAUGACUUGCUAAAGGAUAAAAUUAGAAUUGAUAUGUUAUUUUACACGAAUAAAAUUGUAACGUAGUAAAGUAAAGUAAAGGCUGAUUGGAGCAGCUCUAUUUUCCGCCGUUAAAAAUGAAACUUGGUAAGUUAUACUCUUUUGUGCCCUAAAAAAACGCAUUGUUGUAUUGAGGAAUAUCUUAGUUUGGCUUUGUUCAUGUGAUACGUAGAGGAUGAUCUAACACCUGUAAAUGUUUUGUGACUGGGCCAUAAACGGGUUGUCAUCGACCAAACUAGUAAAAAUCAGAAUUAUUCUAUGUGGGACAGGUCACGUGAUCCUUGCUCUUGGUCCUGAUUGGCAAUCGAAUCUGAUUUAGUUUCAAUGCGGGUAGGUGAUUGAAAACAGGUCUAUUUUCACUUAUAACGUUUGAAAUUUAUUUAUAAUAUAAGAUCACAAAACUUGGCACUCAUCAUUGUGGGUUCGGUACAAUAGGUAGGUAGGUAGGUAGGUAGGUUGCUCUAAAGUUUUGAAAUUGUAAACAGUACUGGGAAAUUGCAUGCUAUUUUUUAUGCCGAGAUAUACAAUAAAUCAAUUUGGUGAAGCUUCUGACAAUGUCUUUAGUUUUUUGACCUUGUAGAC